GGCUGGUCGAAACCAGGAGAUGACCUUACUGAAUCAUCAGAGCUGAACAGGCCUGCUUGGGACUUCCUCAGACCAUUGUACCAGUAUCUCUUUGACAACCAGAUCUGUCCUGCUCUUCAACCUAUGAUAAAUGAUAAGCUGAAGGACUUGCCCAUGAUGAGGACAGUCCAUGAAGACCGCCAAUUAGACUUGGACUACUCCUUGAGCAGUGAUAUCGAAGUGACAUCGAGGAGCCUUGAUAUUUCUUUCAAGGGCUUAAUGUCUGUACACGGGCAAGCUGUGGACACUGAUUCAAUAAGGCCAGGCAAAGAACCAGUUUUCACAGAGACUAACAAGAUGGUCUAUGUGGGCAUCUCUGAGUUCUUCUUCAAUGGGGCCGCCAUGGCAAUCUACAAAUCAGGACCAUUUGAUUUUAAUGUUUCAAAGCUGAAAGGAUGGAAACGUCUGUUCAAUCCUGGCCUGGGAGCUCUGGGAAUUGAACCGGGUCCAUGGACAGCGGAGCUGACUGAGGCUCCAAUCAUUCAAAUCAGUAAGGCUGGACUCUCUGCCACUGUGAAUUUCAAAGCACAACCUAAAGCUAAACAAAAAGGUUUUCUUAUGACCUGCAAAGUUGAUAUGAAUGUCGAAUUCAAAGAACGACACCUCACUAUGAAAUUUAAACUACCAAAAUGUGAUGACAAAACUGGAAAGAUCAUAGAAAAAAUUAAGGCUGUUUUUGUUAAUAUCCUUCAUGAACUCAUAACCAAGUGGUUUGUUAAAGAAAUACCCAUCCCUCUUCCUGCUGAGCUGAGCAUUAUUGAUGCAAAGACCCAGUUUGAGGAAGGCUAUCUGGUGGUGGGAGGAAGCCUGACCUUUAACCCUCAGAGCAGCAGCAAUGCUGGCAGAUAAGCAGCAAAGGCUGAAAUAUGGAGUUUAUGAUCCUCUCAAUGUCUGGUUCUUUAUGCUAAAUAUAAAAUCUAUGUUUGAAUAGCUUAGAAAGUUAAAUCUAUCAGAUGCAGAUACUGGAUAUACUGCAUGUACUGCAUAUACUGGCUGUUUCUAUGAUUUUUGUGUGUGUCUGCAAUAAAGGUUUCAGCAUCACGGUAAACAAAAAG